CGGCCUCAUCGAUUAAAGUUCACCUAAUUAUACACGCGCCUAAACCUCGUUCUAUUGACCUUCUUUCUUCUCAUGAUACAUGCACCUCAGCCACUAGCUACAUCGCAAUUGGCAGUACAACAGUCUUAUUGCCAAACCUGCUUUUAUCGCCACCUUGCGACCACUGUCAGCCUGCUCUCUCCGUCUCGCAUCGAAAACACCUACACGGCGCGCCUGGAGGACCGCCUCGAGCUUGAGGCAUCUUUUCAGGAAUCUAUAUCGUCGAUGUCGCCGUCGAUUGGAUGCACCCGCUAAAUCCCUUUCUUCGGGCCUUCUUCCGCAGCACAUUACCCGCGCAGUGCUCGCCGGUCCAACAUCACGUCCUACUUGUCCCCACCACUGAAGUCCUCUCGAAUGCGCGGGAUCACGAUACGAAUGCCCUGUAUACCGACCUUGCGAGUUCGGAGGACUUUCUAGCCAGCCAUGUCAUACGUGUACCCGGUGGAGGUUUCAUACCGCCCAACAAUAGCAAAGAUGUCAAUAAUUUCCGCGAAAGUAGAGGGAAGGCGAAACAGUACUCCACGUGCAAUGGCCGAACGGUGAUAAUCAAGGACAGCUUUGUUUACAGUAAUAAAGGAUUCAAGACGCUGAACCAAGCCCAAUUGCUUCAAGAUGUGAUAUAUUAUCCCGACACGACUGAGGCACCAGCGUGGGUCAUUUACUACAUAUCCAAGCCUCUCGUGGGCACAUAUGAGAAGACUCCAAUCCUUCCGGCAAUAUAUCCAAUCGAAGAAGCAAAGGGGAACACCCUGAGUCCGGCCGAAGCGAGGUCGCCUAAAGACACCAAUGUCGUUUCGGCUACACCGAAGAAGAAAGAUGUGAAAUCAUUUAACGAUCUCCUAAACAACUUCCCUAUGAUAGCGAGACAGAUGCAAUCUGGAUUGGAGCGAUUGUUCAAAGAAUUCGGAAAAGAGUUUGACAAGCCGUUGCCUGCCAUACCAGCUGAGGAUAGCACUCGGAAGCGCCAUCGCCGCAGUAGUUCGGUGUCUUCUUCAAAUAGCGUGCCUAUAUCGAUCCACAGUACCGUUUCCACUCGAUUCAGUGGUGUGGCGCGACAAAUCGAGAUAAGCGACGAAGAGGAUAUCAUGAGGACUGCGUUGGAAACCGCCGUCACAGCUGCGAUCGACUUGUUCCAGAUGGUAGACAAGGCGCAGUUGUCGUUGCUGGGUGCAAGUACAGAUUUGACCGGUCCGAUGGUGGAAAGAAUGAUAGAGCGAUAUGUCACGGAGCAAGUGCAUGGAUCUGUGUUAUUUCCCCGGGUCUGCCAGAUUCGUAAACUAGACGAUGUCGAACUAGAGAAGCGCAUACGUCAGAUGACCGAUGUGGACAUAUCUCAAGUUGGAGUCCCAAUCGAAGGUGGGCGCGAGGGGCGACGGGAGCUCACGAUACGUCUAACAAAAGCUGUCGCCGAAUUCAAGAAGAUGGGCGUCGCGGAAAGUCCACAAGAGAUGAUGGACGUCCUUUUGUCCACUCAAAAAGCACUGACAACUGAGGCACCCGAGACUCUGGCAAGUAACACUGUGGCAGCUCAAGGUGGCGGCGGGCAGGUCGAAAAACCAUCGGUGACUCUGACGGUUAAUGCUGAUACUCUUGUUUCGCUUUUGUUAAUUGUGGUAAUACGGUCUUCGAUCCGACAUCUGCAUGCGCGACUCUCUUACAUGCGACACUUCAUCUUCAUCGACGACGUGGAGAGCGGCGAGAUUGGCUAUGCACUUAGCACCUUCGAAGCCGUUGUGUCUUACCUAGCGAGUGACGCUGCGAGUCUAAGGAAAUCGAGUCGACGCAAUAGAAAGCUGUGGGAAGCAACGAAGGCUGGCAACAUAUCAGUCAUGCGUGAAGUAUUGGAGCAGGGUAACGUCAACGGAGAUGGACACACUAAUGAGAUGUAUACGAAUAGACUCAGGAGACCCAAUAGCCAUGAUACGACAGACAACCUAUCCAUUGGAGGCACGACACUAGCACCUACAAUGUCGCAAUUGUCCAGUCAAAGAUCAUCGAUAGCGGAUGUACCGGGCGAAGCAGGGCUGGCUCACGUCUUCCCAUUUGCACGAGCACACGCCCCAUCUCCACCUUUGAGUGAGAUGGGUCUGAAACGGAAGAAGCGGGUGACAUUGGACACUAGAAGUAUGUCCAGUUCGUCGCUAUAUUCGUACCGCUCUCGGAGCGACACAGUUGACUCGAGGGCCAGUGGAUACAGUGGAGUUGAGGGAGACACUGGAAUCAAGACACUGUGUCACACGCAGGGGCCUGACGGAGACUCAGUGUUGAUGAUGGCAGUUGUAGCAAAACAGGCGGAGUCGUUAGGAUAUUUGCUUAGCCUGCAUGAUUACUUCGGUCUGGAUGAGGUGCUCGAGGACUGCAACAACGAGGGAACGACAUUACUGAGCGCUGCGGUGCAGUCUGGACAUGAGCCGACAUCGGAGGUCCUUAUGGACUAUAUCCUCGACCUCGCACCGAACGAGGAUGUGGCCAGGACAUACAUCAAGCAGCAAGAUGACAGAGGACGAUGUGCAGGUCAUUACAUGUUCAACCAGCCGGAGCUCAUCUCACGGAUAGGACAUCUGAUAGAUUGGACGUUGAAGGACAAGAACGGACAGACUCCAUUGUUUGCCUUGUGCAGAUGUUACGAUCAUGACAAGUAUCGGUGGAUGGUUGAACAAGGUCUUUCUGCAGCAACAAGCGCGCAGGGAGACGAGCAGGCUCUUCAUCUGGACGAGCACAUGGACAGUAAAGGCAACACACUUCUUCAUAUCGCAAACGAUGCUCAAGUAGCACUACGACUGCUGUAUCAUGCCGACUCGGACGUGAAUGCGUCGAAUGAGAGACAUUUUACGCCACUCAUGGUGGCCAGCAAGUAUGGCAGGACAGAGUUGGUGCGUGCACUGUUUGGAGAUGCCCGGGUUGACGUUGCAGCAAAAGACUUGCGGGGUCUCACGGCAGUUGAACUUGCUAAAGACGACGAAGUGCGCAAUCGAAUUGACGAUCUCAUUCUCAUGAGCAACGAUGCUGGGAAAGACGGGCGCAUAACGACGGUUGUACGGUCUUUCUUCGUUGAGGACGGCAGUAUCAGACUGGUGCUGAAGUCGGGAGCGCCGAACGAGAAUUCGACAAUUACGGUCACAACAUGUCGCCGAUCACUGACAGACUUUGAGAAUCUGUCUCGAUGGCUGGCAACAGAGCUGCCAGCGUCAUGGCUGCCGGCGAUAGGGCAAUUUCCUUCACCAUUUUUGAUUCCGUCGAAACCAUCAAGGGCAGUACUACGAGAUAUCCAGGUCCAACUAGACACCUUCCUUAAGAUACUUCUCGGACAUUCUACAUUUUCGACACACGAGAUGGUGUGGGAAUUCUUCCUUGUUCCUGAAAUGGAUCCGUCGCUUCUUGCCGAACGCAGCCGGCGCAAGGCUGAAACACGGUCAGAGCGGGUGCGAGAAGAAUACUCACCCGUGCGUGACGUGCGUGAAGUCGAGACAUUCGUACAGCACGCGCUCGAGUCAGUCCGCAGCGUACAUCACUCGGCCAAGAGCGUGGUCCGUCGCAGCAACAAGGUCCGCACUGCAGGCACAGACCUUUCAGAGGCGGCAGCACUGUCCGCAUCAGCGCUGGCAUCACUUGCAUUCCUACCUCCAACACACGUGGCAGCGUACGAACGAUAUACAAAAGCAAUCGGGCCGUCGGAGUCUGAGCCAAUGCAAGGGUUCUAUUACUCGAUGGUUGGCAUCUCAAGCACAAUCACGGCAAUCCUCGCAGCGCUCGGCCGUCCGAGUAGCCUCAUCGGGUCGAUGGGCCAGUCACAGAAAGCGAUCGAGCGGCACUCACUCUCGAUCCGACGGUCGGAUCGUUGGCCAUUGGGGUUGCUGGACGACACGCGCAGCCGUAUCCAGCGCGAUGCAGCAGACAAGAUGGACAAGAGCCUCGGCGAACUGGAGAGCUUGGGCAAAGAGUUGCGGUACACGCAGCAGACGGUAGCGGGUGAACUGGCGGCGUGGCAGGAGAGUCAUGCCAGGACGGGACGAGAGGCGUGUAGGAAGCUGGCUCGACGCAUGGUGGUGCAAGAGAAGGCACGUCUGGAAAGCAUGCGGCGUGCAAUUCGUGGACUGGGGCUAGGGCUGGGAACCGGAAAGAGACAAAGAGGUACUGAUGCUGAUGCCGGUGCAGCGGCCACGAUGAGGAUGGGUGAGGCUGUGUCGUCGUCGGAGCAGAACGGAAGUGCAGGCGUUGGUCAAGGUCCGGAAUUGGAGUGAUUGGGGAGGUGUAACAGUAUAAUUCUAUCUACAUUCACAGGUUAGGCGGGCGGCGGUGCAAUGAUAGGGUAUUAAGUCGUUUGUGGUGGGUGGUAGAUGUGCAAGUCAUGUAGGAAUAUAAGUGGACGCCAUCAUAAGCAUAUCCCAGAGUGGAAUGGACAGAUAUCAAUCGGGU